CACAGUAUUUAGAAUAAAAAGCUUAAGUGCAAAGCUAACGUGAAAAGACUGUUACUAGUAGUCUACAGUAAUUAUUAGAACUAUCACGAUAUUUUCGGUGUUCUCCUAUCCAGUUAUUAGUUAUUAGGAAAACGUUUUUUACUUGGAAUAUUUUCAUUACACCUAUAGCUGACAAAUGUCAAACGUUUACAGUUCUGGUUCUGACUGCUUAGGGAGAUAUAUUAAAUAUGCCGAUCUGUCGAAAUCAAUUUAGUAACUUGGAAAAAAAACAAAAAAGUGUUCUACCAAAAUCCCGGAACUAUUGUGCGGCGAACUCUGUUGCAAUAGGGUAGACACCAGCGGACGGACAUGGCUUGUAUUCCUUUUUCAAAACAAACCAUCUUUCUAUAGUUAGAUGCGUUUUACUUACCAUUAUGGGGUUAGUUGCGAACGUUAGUUAUAAGGCAUUAUCUUGAUAUAUAACUUGCUAAAUAAUAGUAGUGUUUGCCAUUCGGGAUUAACGCUAGCUAUCAUUUUCUAGUAAUAGCUUUAGAGUAUUUUUAGCUAAUGCACGAUAGCUAAUGUCACGCAACGAUAACGGUCCUGCUAGCUGUCGGUAACCGCAUUAGUAGCAUUAUCUAAUGUUAUUGGGCUAUAUGUUGUAAGGUUGCCAAACACAGCACAGUAUCCGACGUCAACAUUUUACAGUGGACGACGUUAACGACAAUUGUUAACGUUAGCGGGCACCUGCAUCUGCUCAAAUACUCAUCUUAACGUUAGCUUGUAGCGAGCGUUUGACGGAUAUCUCUACUUUUGGCUGGUUAAGCAACAUGGGAAAGUGACGUUAUGAUGUGACAACAAAGGGCAACGCUUGAUGAUCAGCGUGUGUCAUGCAUGACUUGGAUUGCUCAAGAGAUUCAUACCCACAUAAAGAGUUGUGAGAAGGUCAGUUAACAUCACAGGGAUAUUUUUGCCUUGUAUAGCUGCAAAAUGCCUGGAAUGGUGGUGUUUGGUCGGCGGUGGGGGAUCGCCAGCGAUGACCUGGUUUUCCCCGGAUCCUUUGAGCUGUUCGUCCGUGUACUUUGGUGGAUUGGCACCAUGAUCCUGUUCACCUAUCACAAGGGUAACUUUGAUUGUAACGGUGGAGGAGUUCUCCACACCUUUCUGGUUGGACUCAUGGUUGUGCUGGCGCUCAUCAUCCUGUCACUAUGUGCUACUGUUUAUGUCAGUGCCCAAGGUACCAUUACAAACCCUGGCCCACGGCGCUCCAUCCCUGCUCUGAUUUACCUGCGAGCGAUCCUGUACAUCCCUGAGCUGGUGUGGGCCUGUCUGGGAGCCAUGUGGGUGUCUGAAGACAGCAAAGGCUGCGAUCCAGCCACAGUGGGGGCUGUCAUCACAGCAGUGAUAGCCAGCUGGAUCAUCCUGCUGUUCACCGGGUUGGGCGUUGUGUUUGUGUUUGACCCGCUGGGAAACCCCCGUCCUCAGCACUCUGCCAUGGAGCCUCUGGGAGUCAGAGACCAGCAGAGCACCGAGGGCACGCAGUUCCUGUCCACCGCUCGCUCCCUGGCCGUCAAGGUGUGGGAGAGCCGGCUGAGGCUGCUCUGCUGCUGCCUGCCGCAGGACGAGAGCCACCGGGCGGCCUUCUCCAGCAUCGCACAGCUCGUCGGGGGGUUCUUCUCCGACACAGACCUGGUCCCCAGUGACAUCGCAGCUGGUCUGGCUCUGCUGCACCAGGAGCAGGAUAAGAUGGAGCAGAGCAGAGACCCAGACAUCAUGGUGGAUCACAGCCCCUCGUCUCCCAUCGGAGAAGAUUUGGAGACAGAGCUGGAGAAAGCAGCUCACUGUAUGCAGUUUGCUGCAGCUGCCUAUGGCUGGCCCAUGUACAUUUACUCCAAUCCCCUCACCGGGCCCUGCAAACUCAGUGGAGACUGCUGUAGAAGCCGUGAGGCUGAGUAUGACAUCGUUGGAGGAGACCACCUCGGCUGCCACUUCUCCUCCAUCCUGCAGAGCACAGGUCUACAGUACAGAGACUUCAUCUACGUCAGCUUCCACAACCAGAUCUAUGAGAUCCCGUUUUAUGUUGCCCUGGAUCACAAGAGAGAGGCUGUUCUGGUGGCUGUCAGAGGAACUCUGUCUCUGAAGGAUGUGCUGACAGACCUGUCUGCUGAAUGUGAGAAGCUGCCUAUAGAGGGAGUGCUGGGAUCCUGCUACGCUCACAAGGGCAUGUGUCAAGCGGCAGGCUACAUCUACAAGAAGCUGGUCAACGAUGGCAUCCUAAACCAGGCUUUCUCCAUAGCACCAGAGUACAAGCUGGUCAUCACAGGUCACAGUCUGGGUGCUGGCACAGCGUCUCUGCUGGCUAUCCUCUUGCGCAAUUCCUUCCCCACCCUGCAGUGCUACUCAUUCUCUCCACCAGGGGGCCUGCUGAGCAAAGCCUUAGCUGAUUACUCCAAGGACUUUGUGGUGUCCGUUGUGCUGGGAAAGGAUCUGGUUCCCAGAUUGAGCCUUCCCAAUAUGGAGGAUCUGAAGAGAAAGAUUCUUAAAGUAGUUUCAAACUGCAAUAAGCCCAAGUACCGCAUCCUGCUGCAGGGGUGUUGGUACGAGGUCUUCGGAGGAGACCCUGAUGACUUCCCCACUGAGAUGGACAACAGGAGGGAGGAGGAGCUUAGCCAGCCUCUGUUGGGGGAGGAGUCACUGAUGAUUCGCCACUCAUCAUCCUAUCAGAGCCUGGCGUCGGACGAGUCCCCUGCUCAUACUGCUACCCACUUACCUCUCUUCCUGCCUGGACGCAUUCUGUACAUCACAGAAGAUGGGCCGUCACGGAGAUCCUGUUUUUCCCAGGUCCGGUACCGCGCAGACUGGUCCAAUGAAAUGUCAUUCAGGAGUGUUUUGAUCAGUCCCAGGAUGCUGGCAGAUCACAUGCCCGACGCCAUGCUCCGAGCACUCACCAGUCUGACCAGGGACCGGCCCUUCUCCCUCUGCCCGUCGUCUUCAAACAACACCAAUCACAACACUGUCUGAAACGUGUCAAAGAGACUGAGCUCCCAGACUUUACAGUACUUUAAGCACACUUCAGUUUUUUACGUUUUCCUCCAUGCUUCAAAUACUUUCUUGCUAUUCAGUUGCAUCUUGUCUUCAGGUUUAAUCCUGAAGCCCCUUUUCUCUAAAAGACAUUUGAAAAAUGGAUUGUAAUGGUAACGGAAUACUUAAACCAUCGAGAUUUACCUGCUGUGAGCUUCAUGAAUGAACAAGUACCUUGCUAAAUUGCACUUUUAAUUAUUCAUUUCCAUUUGUUUUAUUUCAAAUCCCUGAGUUACUGCGUGAGCUACUUUAUGCCAUGAUCUUUGAAUGUGCGUUGUGUACCAUAUUUGCCAGUGCUGCAGUUUUAAUGUAAUGUCUGUUCUACAUUUUAUGUUUUUGUUAAUGGUAGACACAGGCCCCCAUGGCCACUGUAAGUGUCACAUGCUGUCUUCCUGAUCUUUGGAGAGCUUUGAUCCAGGAUGUGAGGAUACAAGGGUAACUUCUACCCUGGACUAAAGCAUUACCUCCUCAUUGUAUAGUAACUGUGCUUGGUAUGUGUUGUGUUUAAUGUCUCGAAACAUCAGGGUGAUCAGUGCCUAAGCAUCACAGAAAAAUAAGUCAACAGAAUUGCUUUACAAAAAAAAAGACAGAGGUGAGUGUUUACAAUAAGUUCUGUUCUGCGUUCACUAUAAUGCAGUUUCAAUAGUGCAUGAUGUACGGCAGAAGAUAUUUAAUGCAACAGGUACAGACUUUGGAGGCGUGUGCGCAGUGGGGCGCAGUGGAUAGAGCCUUGGUGUUGGGAUCAGGGGAGCACAGGUUCGAACCCCACUGCAGUCAGCAUGUCGUGUCCCUGGGCAAGACACUUUACCCCAAAUUGCUCCUGUGGGGAUUGCCCACAGUAUUAAGUAACAUAUAAUGUAAUAAUGUAAUGUAGAGCGAUUGUACAUUACUUGAGAACCUGUUUACUUGCUGUGAAUACUACAUAUUUUUUUCAGGUAAUAUAUAAUAAAGUUGAAUCAACUGAUGCUUGCAUAACAAUUUCAUAUUCACAGUAAAUUGAAUUGAAAUUCUUGAUAUAAAUUAAAACACUUGUAAAGCACACUCUGCAUCCUUUAAUUUGUUUUACACUAUAAAAGGUGAAAUACAAUCAUGUACUAUUCUCAGCACUGGCAACUGUUGUUGAACUGAAAGCAAGUCAGCCAUAUGAGGCGAUGAGAGUGAGUGUAAUUAAUUAUCAAAUGUCUCCAAUGAAUAACACUAACAAUUAGCUUCAGUUUUGACUAUCCUUCAUCAGCUCUCUUUAGCAUGUGACGUAAGGCGACGUCCCGUCAACAACUCAUGACCUCUUCAAGUGAUGCUCGGAAAUUCCCGUUUCUGAACUGGGACACGGUCAAUGGCAGUGCUGACCGAAUGUAAAAUAUCAAAGUUAGCUCAACAACAUAUUUCUACUUUUGUCUUUAAAUGUAUGUAAGAAAAAAAAAUGGCACGGCUGCAUAACUAGGCUCCUCUGUUUGCCCUGCAACUUUAAAAUAAAAGGGGAAUGUCCAGUCAA